AUGGCGGCUUCAGCGCCACGGCUGCUGCCACCAGGCACAAAGUGCCGGUACGAACCGACUUCGUCAACGCAAUAUCCGUUCUUGCCUGCGGUUAUACAAGGUUUCAAUGACCUUGACUGCACGUACAACUUGGACGUGCGGCCUCAUGCGCAGCCCUCGCGGAUUGCCCCGGCGAAGGAGAUUACUGCUGAACAGGCCUGGCCUCGGGGGACACUGGUGAACUACUUUAGUCAACAGCGCGAGCAGCAGGGAGCCGCACAGUCCUUGCCUGCUGUCGUGAAGUCCUUUAAUGAGAUGGAUUCCACCUACAACCUGGACAUCCGUGACCAUGCCGACUGCGACCGGAUCCGCGUGCGCGUCAUCCCGAAGGAGGCAGGCGAAGCGGCGGAUCCGGGACUCACCUCGGCCAUGAUGAGGCCGGGGAUAGAGAAGCGCAACACAAAGCCGCUGAACGGCCAGGAGGUCGGAAAGCUCCCAGAAGAAGUCCUCGAGACGGACGCGACGGUAGACGCCGAGGCUGUCGAGGUGCUUGGCAGACAUGCUCGUAUCGGUCAAGGUUUCUGGUGCCACAUUCCAGAGCAUGAUCUGUUCGCUCCAGUUGUGGCUGUCCGCGGGGGCAUCGCGGAGCUUGACAUUAGUGGAAGCAUGACUGAGCUCAAGCUCGAGGCCCUGCGAGCACCCAAGGAGGAAAGGCUUUCCUGGCCCAAGGGUACCGAAGUGAUGUAUUACAGCGGCUCCCUGGGCAAGUGGAUCAUUGCGCAUGUGGAGGGCUACAACCGCGGCAGUAGCACCUACAACCUGGACGUGCGCCAAGAGGCUGACCCGGAGAAGGUCAGACCUCGCUAG